UGUUUACUUCCCUCCAAGUUGUUUUAUUUUUCCAUUUAUAAUCCGCUGACCCAAACAUAUUUAUUCCUUUUCAAACCUGUUAGCUGAGCUCUCUCUUUUCUCUCAACUCUACCCCAUACACAAACGCAACUUAACCAAUCAAGCUCAUAUAAAUUUUCCCAAAUACCCAUUUUUUCGCUUAAACAGAAAAAAAAACAAAAACAAAAAAAGUUUCACACAACAAGAGCGAAAAUCGAAAAAUGGGGCUAACGUUGGUACAGAACAUAACAUAUUGGUUAUCAGAGCACCCAUCAAUCGUGAACUUCCGCUGGAGUCCCACCCAAUCGUGGGGCUCCACGUGGUCAUUCGUCAUUACAGCAAUCUCCUCCUACGUCGUACUCGCCACCACCCUCAACCUAGUGCUAAUCAAACGCCGCCGCCCGCUGCCACUCGGCCCAAUCCCGGCCGUCCACAGCCUCGCCAUGGCGCUGAUCUCCGCCGUCAUUUUCACCGGCAUUCUCCUCUCCGCGGCGGCGGAGAUCCGAGACACGCGCUGGUUCUGGCGGCGGACGAGGACGACGACGCCGUUUCAGUGGCUCCUGUGCUUCCCGCUGGGCACGCGCCCCAGCGGGCGCGUGUUCUUCUGGUCCUACAUUUUCUACCUCUCGCGUUUCCUCCACCUGUUCCGCACAUUCUUCGCUAUCCUCCGUCGACGGAAACUCACUUUCUUUCGUCUCUUCAACCACUCGAUCCUAAUCUUCAUGAGCUUCCUCUGGCUCGAGUUUUCGCAAUCGUUUCAAGUUCUCGCGAUUCUGCUGACGACUUUGCUGUACUCCGUGGUUUACGGGUACCGUUUCUGGACCGCGAUUGGGCUGCCCAGCGCGUGCUUCCCAUUCGUCGUCAACUGCCAGGUCAUUUUGCUUGGCUGCAACUUGGUUUGCCAUUUUGGGGUUUUACUCUUGCACUUCCUGAGAGGCGGGUGUAACGGCAUGGGCGCGUGGGGGUUCAAUUCGGUUCUCAACGGAGCGAUUCUGUUGCUGUUCUUGAGGUUCUAUGUGAAGAUGUAUUUGACGAGGAAGAAAUCAACGCUCGAGGUAGCGCGUGAAGAUGACGCUUCCUCGAUGAAACUCAAAGAUAAAGACACUUGAUGGUUUAUACUUUGUACGAGUUUACGAUCCCUUUUUCUUUUUCUUUUUCUUUUUUUUUUUUUUUUUU